AUGGUCUCGGAGGCUUUGGAGCAGCGAGUUGAGUCGGGAGAGCGUGUCCAUAGUCGGUCAUAUGCGAUUGGAGCAGUAGCAGUGGUCAUAGUAAUGGGUAGCUUGGAAGGCAGGAGAGAUUGCUCAUGCUGCAUCGGUGUCGGGCCCGCCAGUCUGCAAGGCCAGCGCGCCGAUGGGGAUGGAUGUUUGACUUGCGCGACUGCUGAAGUUGCUCGAUACACUCUCCUUCUUCAAGGCAAAAUCGAAGCUUCAGAAUUAAACACGGAAAUGGCAACCGGGGCUGGACCGAUCCGCGAAAGCCACACCUGGCACCGUGACGGGCGCGAGCACACCUGGUGCCGUACCGUGUCGAGGGAGAACCAGGCCAACCUAAACACUUCUCCAGCUCACACCAUCCACCACGAGGAAAUCCGCCAUGACAUCCAUGACCCCGCCCAGAGCCAGCAUCACAUCCAGACCAAGUCGCAAAAGGUCGCCGUCAAGCACGAUGGCUUGACUGUGCACAUCCAGUGGCACACCGAUUCUUCAUCACAUACUGCACAUGCCCCUAACAUAGCCUCUCAUCAGCGUGCUCUGCGAUCCAACCCCGCCGACGGCGAGAAUGGCAAUGGCACCACCAUUGUGGCCCAGGAGCAGUGGGAGAGCGAGUUCACUCUGGACCUGCGCCCGCUCUUGAAUGGUUCUGGUGCGCCCAUCGAGUCUUUCCCGGCGCCGCAUCAACCACCCGUCAAUGUCCAGCCGCCGCCAGGACCACUACAAUCGUCGACAGCGCAACCACCCAUUCAACUAAGGCUCACUGCUCCCGAGCCGUGCUCUCGCAGGCCAGCCAAGAAGGCCAGCCAGCCAAUAUUCAGCGUCGAAGAACUCUCAUCCGACCAAGAAUCAGUCACCGGCGAUCAUAACGAAGACUCGGAAGACGAAGACGAAGACACACUCUUCGUUUCUCAGCGCAAGACUGUGACUGCUUCUGGCAGCAGCCGUCGUCGCAAGCCAACGUCAGACUCUGAGGAUGAAGACGAAGACGCUCUCUUCGCUUCUCAGCGCAAGAAUCCUGCUGCUGGCAGCCGUCGUCACAAAUCAGCGUCCUCUACGAAGCCAUCACGCCGGCCCAGGCCUUCAGUCGUUGAUCUGACUCGCAAUGAUCCUGCCCGCGAAGUUCAUACGCUCAACCAACGCAUCCAAUUACUGGAACGGCAACUUUCGGAGAAGAGCAAGAGCAAGGCACACGAAGGCCAGGAUGGUGGUCGUGAGAAGAGGCGCAAGAGAGGCUACUACAUGGGCAUCCGAGGACGAGAGCCUGACGACUGGUACAGGCUGCGGAAGGAGUGCAGCGGAGGGAGCUCGAAGCAAGUCUGGGUCACAUUGCGGUCCACGUUACUACGCAGGACGUCUGCAUUCAGCAUGCGAAUCCUGACGAGCAUUCCGUUUUGA